AUGGCGGCGACUGGUGGCGGUGACAUUGAGGAGCUUGUCAAGCAGAUCACGGACCAUCCCGGUGUGCAGGGGCUGAUCAUCGUGAACACGGAGGGCAUUCCGAUCCGCCACACAUUCCAGGAGCAAUCACGGCCUCUCGCGGUGCAAUACUGUGCGCUAUUUCAGAGUCUGGCGAUGAAGGCCCGAACGGCCGUGGUCGAGCUGGACAACAAUAACGACCUUCUCUUCCUCCGUGUGCGGUCAAAGAAGCACGAGGUGCUUGUGGCUCCCGACACAAAGUACCUGCUAAUCGUCAUUCAACGGGUAGGGAAUGACGACAACUUGCCGAUCAACAUAAAAAAGACGCCGUAA